UGUCUUCACAUCGUUUGUCAUAUUUGUUUGCGCUAUGACAACCCUCUUCCAGGAGAGCGUGGCGAUGUAUUGGUGUUUGUGUGUGCCCGCUGCUGUUGAAAGUAAGUGGUGGAUGGACGGAAUUUCUGCUGAUAAGAAUACCCUAUCCACAUUCGAUAACAGUGUGUCGAGGUUGUAAACCGAACAGGUUGUUGAGGGAACAGGGAACAGCAAAUCAAUCGCCACUCGGUGCACUUUGUACCUGUUAAACUUUCAAUCAAAAGAAUGUGAUAGUGCUGGCAUUAAAUUUAACAGUUUGUGUGAAUUUCAAUAAGGAUGGCAAAAUGGACCUGGCAAGGCAAGUAUCGUCCACAAUCCACUUAUUAUGUGUGGCAUCAGCAAUCUGUUUUGGCUGCACAUACAUCGAACGAAACGAAAAGAGCGAACGAAGCGAGCCGACUUCUCAGUCUAGUCGUGACGAGGUCGAGCUGCGUUCGUUCUACCAGAUGACUGCAGCAAUUCGUGAUCGUCGUUUCAAAGAAUGUUCGCUGUUGCUUCACAGCUGCUUCCUGUUCCAAGCUGGGGUUCUCGGGGAAGCGCGAGCACACGUGUUCCGGUUGAGCGCACACAUACACACAUGUUGCAAUCGGUAAGCCGUUGUAUGAAAGAUGGGAUUUUUAAAUAGGAAGGGUCGAAAGACAUUAAUGAAAGUGUCUGGAGAUAUACGAAGGAAACACAUCUUGAAUAGUGUGUAUUAAAGUUUUAAGUUCUACAGUGUAUGU